UUCAGGUUUAUUUACAUGCAAUUUUGUGAGUGUGCGUGCGUGUCUGUGUGUGAAUCAUAUAGCACUGCGUAAAUAAUCAAUAUUUUGUCUGAAUCUUGUGGACACAGAGAAGCGUAUAUGAAAAAUAUAGGCCCCCUUUCCCAAGUAUACAGACAUUGCCAUUCUCAUUUGCAAUAAUUUCUUCUAACUAUUGAAAACUGACUGGAUCCAGAUUCUGUUAGGUUUGGUGUGGCAUGCAGCCAGGCAUCGUGCAGGUCCCAGUGUUUGUAUACCCAUCGCCUGUCACCUUCUUUCUUGAAGAUCAGAGCACUCACAAGCAGGUCCUCACACUCUACAAUCCAUAUGACUUUCCAAUCAGAUUCAGAGUUCUGUGUACGGCACCAAACAAGUACACAGUUGUGGACCCUGAAGGCUCCAUCAGGCCCAAGUUUUGUAUUGACAUUGUUGUCAGACACACCGCCAUCUCGGCAGCCAACUGCAACAUUACUGACAAGUUCAGGAUACAUUUGCAGAACCACACAACCAAGCAGUUGAUAGGAAAGCAAGAUAUAGCUGCAACUCUGCUACCAGGGAAACAGAGUGGCCCAGCAGCAGAUCAUGAAGAGUUCCAGAGGUUGCCUCCCAAACUGGAUCUGUCUGCAACUGGCGGUGUGCAGCAGCAGUUUGGUGUUAUGCGUGACUAUAGGCAAGGUCGCAUACAGACACCGAACUACAUAGUGGUUGUGGCUGCAGUCGUGUGCAUCGUGGCUCUGUUACUGCCCACACAAGGAGACCAGGACACAAGAUUUCCCACAUACCUGCACCUCACAUCUCACCUCAAACUCGUGUUUGCGUAUGUGUUAGGGUUGGUCACAAUGGUUAUCCUGAGACCAUCUUAACAGCAAGUAGGAGAGUGAAAUACUUCCAUUACUGGAACAUCUACAAGACACGUAAUGUGGCAAUUCCGUCUCUUUGAGAUAUAUUUAAGAAAAAGGUCACAUGUUCAUGUUGUAAGAGACAUACAAUAAAGUGGAUAAGUCAGUAAACAUAUGUAAUAAACAUUGGGCACGUUGUGAAUCUAGACUUUGAUACCGUACUAGCACAACAUUAUGCACCAGAAGAUGCAAUUUUGCUUUAGUUACUGCAUUUUCAUUUCAUUAGCCUUCUCUUGCUCCAGUCACGAUUGAUCUUUGCACUGAUGCUGCCACAGUCCAGUCACCAGACAUAAGAUUGC